AUGACUGACACUGCCGCGCAGGAUGGAUGGAAGGAAGUGGGGAUGAAGGAGCUUGAAACUCCAGAGGGAUACGUGGGUGAGUGUGUGUGUGUGGGCGCGCGUCCAACGGUCACCACUGCUAUUGCUGUUUCUCACAUCCAAGGGCACGCGUUCCUUACACCGGCCCUCAGGUAACUUGACGCCGGAGCACGCCGACAAGCUCAGAGAGAUGUGGGCCGCCUUUUUCGAUUGCUGUGAUCGAGCUUCGGGUGGAGCUGCAAAGGAAGGUGGAUCGGGGUGGCAAGGAAGCGAGGAAAAGGAUCCCACCAAAUUGGGCAUUCCUCAGGAUGAUGCGGCCAAAGAGGAGGCGAAGAAGAGGAUGGAAGAACAAGGCAUGAAGUCAGUGUCACUGUUCACCAUCACAAUCGUCUUGCCCCCUCUCAGCGCCUUUCUAGGCUCGGUUCGGUCUUUACCUGCUCACACCCGCCCUGCCUUUUCUUCCCUCCAAUGCAGAGAUCUACUCCAUACUUAUGGCUCCGAGGCGCUCAAAGAUACAUUCUGGUCCUUCAACAAAGCCGAUAAUCCCGACACCAACCUUUUGCGAUUUCUUCGAGCGCGAAAAUGGGACGUCUCUCGCGCCAUGGCCAUGCUGGCCACUUGCCUCAAAUGGAGGCUAGACUCUGGCGUGGAGCACGUAGCUACUCAAGGCGAUCUUGGCAAUGGCGAAGAGAUUCCAAAGUUUCUGGAUCAGCAAAGGACCAGAAAGAUCUACGCUCAUGGAUGCACGAAGAAUGAACAACCGGUUUGCUACGUCGAGAUGAAGAAGCACCUCACUUUUGGACAGCCCGGAAGCACAAUGCAGAAGGUGCGCAACUCCCCCACCCCCACCCUCUUGUCGGUGCUGCUUCACUCGACGUAUGCGGUGCUGACGACUUUAUGACGCCAAACGUGGACAGUUUGUCAUCUUUCAGAUGGAAACCUGGAGGCUCUUCAUGAUUCCACCGCAGGACAAAAUGGUCAUCCUGUUCGAUCUCAAUGUGAGCAGAGCCACUCCAAUGACGGGCUUACGUUACUGAUUCAUGCAAGGCUCUCCUUGUCCUGCUCUGCACGUAGGGCUUCGGCAUUAGAAAUAUGGUGAGGCUGGAAGUGCGCUCGUGCGGAUGCAAAGCACGACAAAGUAGCUGAUCGCCAAAGUUCAUCGUGAUUUUGCUACAGGACUGGGUAUCCCUGCUCUACGUGGUCAAGUGCCUAGAAGCCUACUUUCCAGAGUCUUUGGGCACCAUGUACAUCCAUCGGGGUGAGGCUUCCGCUCAUAUUGCGCUCGCUGAUCGUGUCUUGUAGCUCAUCACAAUCGCUGCUUGGAUCGUCGAAGGACCCUGGAUCUUCUUCCAAGCCUGGAAACUGGUCAAAGGUCUGCUUGAUCCGGUGGUCAGGAGCAAGAUCGCUUUUACUCAAAAGCCUGAAGAUCUUACCGGCAACAUUCCUCCAGAGCGCUUGGUCAGCAUCAUGGGCGGCGAUGUGGAGAAUCAAUUCGAGUGGAUCGAGCCUGCAGCUGAAGAGAAUGACAAGUUGAAGGAUACAGCGACCAAGGAUAGGCUUUGGAAGAGGCAUCGAGCACUGACGAGGGAAUAUGAGGGCGUGACCAGAAUGUGGAUCCGAGCUGGUGGGGACGAGAAAGAUGCCCUUCUGGCCGAGAAGAGGCGCGUGCUGGUCAAGAAGCUUCGUGUUAGCCAAUUCGACCUGGAGCCUUACGUGCGCGGUGCGACGGUGCACCAUCGAAAUGGAACACUGCCACGGGGCAAUCCAGGUAUUGUACGAUGGCAAGUGAGUAAUGUCGAGUGCAGCGAAGACGCGCCUGUCUGCUCACAACACGUCGGCAUAUUUCCCCCUGACGUCUCCUUUCGCAGUACGAGCUCAAGUCGGGCGACAAUAUCCGCCAAAUCGUAGGGCACAGCCAAUCGCGCAAAUCCUUGGUUCGAGAGCUGGUCGAAAUAUCCAACGGAUCCUCCGUGUCGGAUGCCGAAGCGCAGACUCGCAAGAUCAUCGAGGGGGGAGCAUGGGGUCGCUGGGAUACGUGCGAAGAUCUGCCAGAAGAGGUCAAGAGCCGAGUCGAUGCCUUGCUCGAACCGUCUGACCUGCUUGCUGCCGCGAAUGCAGACGCGGCUGCGCCGACGCAAGAAGCAAGGGAGCCUCAAGACAGUAACGCUCCGACUGCUGCAGAUCAGAAUCACGAGAGCGCUUCGACGGCUACUUUGGACUCCAACGCUGCUGCUGUCGCUCAUUCACCGGCUCAGGCCACGGUACCGCAGAGCACAGCAUCCGAGAAGGUUGCCCCUCCUGAAUCGGUCAAGCGUCAGUCCAUGUUUGGGUCCAUCAAGUCUAAGCUCGUCUCCUAA